AAGCAAUGGUCCCCUCCACCUUCUUCGCCAUAUAUAUAUUUCGUGGCGACAACUUCGUAUCCAUAGUCAUGUUUGCGUUCGCCUUUCUCUUCGCCUUACUCCUGGUCGCUCAACCCUCAGAGCAACAGGGCUUCGGACUAAUCCCUGAGGGAUGGGACAAGGGUGAGCCUCUGUGCAAGGAAUGGACAUGCCAGCAGUGGCAAUGCAAGGACCACUAUCCCGAAGACAUCUUCCAGCAGCAGGUCGAGUAUCAUCAUAAGGAAAAAGAGGAGAAGAAGGAAGAGAAAAAAGAAGAGAAACACAAGGAAGAAGAUCAUUCGAAGCAUGGUUAUUACCACAAAGAAGAAGACGAAUCAAAGCACGGGUACUACUACCAAGAAGAACAUUCGAAACAUGGUUACUCACACAAAGAAGAGGAACAUUCCAAACAUGGUUACUCACACAAAGAAGAGGAACAUUCGAAACACGGUUACUCACACAAAGAAGAAGAUCAUUCUAAACACGGUUACUCACACAAAGAAGAGGAUCAUUCGAAACACGGUUACUCACACAAAGAAGAGGAUCAUUCGAAGCACUAUCAACAUCACAAACCAGCAGCCUACGUUGAGGUGUAUCAUGGCGAGUUGAAUUCAGGGCACAAAUACAAAGGUUGGAAAUCACCAUGA